AUGGACAUGCUAGCGGCAAAGACCAACCCCGAAAUGGCAUACAAAUUUCUUUUUAUUGCUGUUUUGUUUCUUGCUUAUUUUGUAGUUCAACCUUACGUCGUAGUGCUCGUAUCAUCAAGUGCUACCGUAUCCUACGCACAAAUCGAGAAUUGUACAAUUGCCUGCUUGGAGAAUGAAGAGUUUUGUGUGGGCAUGAAUUUUGUGGGUGACGAGUGUAUACUUGUUACGGACAGGAGUGCCGCGAUCGAAUUCUACGUCUAUGACCGGAACCAAAUCUCGACACUAGGUUGUCCUGGUGGGGAUAUCUCGACGGAGGUGGCAAAUGAUGGAAAUUGGAACAGCUGGGGCCCAUCUACCGAAUGUCCAGCAACUUGUGGGAUGAAUGGUGUCUAUAGCCAUAACCGGACUUGUCCAACCGAACCGCAGACCCGCGGCUACGAGUGCGAUGGCAGCACCAUCGAAUACUUGGCCUGUCCGGACCCAAUGUGCACGUUCCCGAACGUAAGCUGCUAUGAGGAAUUCUACACUAAAAAGCUGAACACGACAUCGAGAAUAUACACUUGUCAAUUGAAGCCGGGUGCGGUUGAUACAAGACUCGAACAAGGUGUCGAAGAC